AUGAGUUCAUCAAGCCUCUGGAUCUCGCCUUUGAUUGAACAUUGCCUUUCCAGCUAUGAGGGAAACCAGCGAAAUCUUGGGUUAGACUGGGAAAACGACGGGAGCAACAUUCGAUUUUCCUCGCAUACCCAACCAAUUGCUCGAAUCAAUAAUUGGAGCGAACGAAACGGUAUCCCUGUAGCGAAUUUGACCGACUCGGAGACGCAAAUAGACGCAAUCAUAUCGCGCGAAUCGCUGGAAGAAUAUAAGAAGGAUUUUCCCACAAACCCACUAAGCAGGGAUGGCUAUCGAGGGUAUACUAUUCAUUUGGCCGGUUUCGAACUGGUGUACGAAUAUUCGACCGGGAAGCCCAAGCUUCAUAUUUACGUCAAGCGGUUCAGCAUCAUAUGGGAACGAGGUAGGAUCAAGCAGCCGCCAGCUGGAAAAUCUGUCGGGAAGAAACCUGCCCUACUUACAUUGAUAAAAAGAGUGUUCUCUUCCAUCAAGUCGCAAAAUCAGCCCCGCCAAGGAACCGUCGAUACAACGGAGGAUAGUAACGGGUAUAGCAAUGGAUACAGCGAUAUCCCUGCCACGCAAGUAACCAAUGGCCAUACAAUUGAUUCUACGCAACCUCACUUAAUGUCCCAACUGCCUACCCGCCGUUCUACGGAUCAUGAUCUGGCGGACCCUGGUAAAUUACUACAGCAGCUCGAGGCACGAGCUCCAGGGGAUAAACAACCGAGUCGGGAGAGGUCCAUAGAUACAGGGACUUUGGCCCCGGUAGCCGCUCCUGAAGCAAACCAUCGCAGUGCGGGCCACCUACCAAGCGGCGGGAAUGAAAGCAGCACAUCUCAUGAACCGCAAAGGACGGAACUGGAAGCUGAAAGAGAUGGACCCCAGCCCAGCUCAGAUAGGCCAUCUCCGCCAGAUUCAGCCGGUGAAGACAUUAUACGAAGCAAUGCAGAGCCUUACUCACCGGAGGCACAGCUUAAGGCUCAGCUCGAGGCCUCUCAGCAUGUUACUCUUCGACAACCUAGUUUUGCCAAAACUGCAUCCUCUAGUACCGUUGACCCCUGGGAAGGUAUGACAGGUAUCAGGAGCAUCGACGUUAAUGUGCCCAAGGAUCAAAAGGAACUCCUAGAGCCCGACAAGAAACCGUGGUACCCGCCUCAAGUGGGAGAACCGAUAGUUUCAGGUCGCGUACCGCCGGCACUGUUAGAUGAAUGGAAUAGGCUUGCUUUCCAAAGACAUCAGAAGGAAAUUGACAACAAGCCAGAAUCUAUGGAAGUUGAUCAUCUGAUCGCCCCAAGCACACCGGCCACCGAAACCAGUUCGGAUUCCAGCUCAGAUUGCGAGUGGAGCGCAACGCCUGGACGAACACCCCGCCGCGGUGCAUUAUUGCCCGUAGAUAGUAGUCCAUUAAAAGACAGCUCGGCACAUCAUGAAAGGCCCCGGAGGUCUAGUUCAAGUGAUCAAGGUGGUCCCGCUGAGGUUAGAGAGGAGGAAUCGCAGCUUGAGGAGAAGGAAAUCCAGGCACCUCCAGUUAACCAAAGCCCAAACGCUGAGAGCCCUCCCAUACAAGCGGAGGUAGAAAAUAAUGGACCAAGUGCUGAAGCAAGUGCCGCAGACAUGACUCACGAUAACGACGAUGGGCACGAAUCUGAUAGCAGCUCUGAUUCAGAGAUGAGCGUAUCAGUUCCUCAACCGCUAUCUGGAAGCACUCAACAAGGCACUUCGAGCCAGGUGGAACCUGGAGUUUCAAGCUCAGGGCCAUCGCUUCCUGAAUCCGCAGGACAGAAUGUACAGGUGAUGGAGACCCCUGCAGCGGCUUUCAACAAGUCUCGCCCUGCCGCAUACAAUCAAGACAACUUCCAAACCGGACUUGGUAACAUGGUGAUCCAAUCGCAAGCCGACAAAUCCUCAUCUCAAUCCCGCGUUCUCAAUACAUACGCCAGUCGUGAUGAAAGCACCAAAGGAGAGACCUCACAAGAGAGCUCGAAAUCUCUUCCACCGAGCGGCCCAGAUGCCCAGAAUCCUGUACUCGUUAUUGGCACCCGAUUCAGCAGCGAGGCCCCUACAACACAACAAACGCGCUGGUCAGGGUCCAGCUCACUUUUCACAUCUUCGGGGCGCAAAAUCGUGGAGGGGAGUGUGGCAACUGCUUCCUUACACCACUCUCAGUCAUCCAGAGCGUUUUCAUCUUAUCGCGACUUGCCUCCGCCAUCCAUGCUAUCAAUAGAAGACGACAAUAGAAGCUCGAGCGUGCAUAGUUCUGUAAGGGGCACUCCUCUGAAGAUCGAUCGUGCGACACCGCUGAAACGCUUCGCAUCUGAGAUGGGGGACAGCGAUCGCGGUUUGCCCUCAAAACGAAACAAGUUUGACAGCAAACCGACGGCGCUCGAAUUAGAAGGUGGGCUGGAUGCGAGAAUAAUUUCACGACGCGAGAGCUACAUCAUCAAUUCCGAUCAGUCAGUUGAGGCCGCGAGGGUGUACGAGAAGUUCCAGAAUGACUAUCCUAUCUAUAAAGGGGAUUUCGAGCACUUCACCAAGUUAUGCUCCAGACUGCAAGCCGUUCGGGAAAGCGGCAGUCUACAAAGAUCGUUUUUAUGGGACGACUUCAUUAUCACGCAUCUUUUAGGCUACCCUGCCUACCUGGAGGAUUGUCUCGGAAAUAAGUCCAAUUUCAUAAACUACGAAGAGUACUUCGUAUCCUCUUUUUCAAGGCCCACCUACAAGAAGCGUAGUCUCACUGUGGAGGGAAUCAACGCGUGUGCCGCACAGUAUAUUACAAUUGAUGAAAGGCGAUCUUCCUCACGUCCAGCUACCGGUACCGGCAUCGCUGCCAACACCAAAACAUCAUUCACGGAAAGUCUCAGGGAUCAGUUCUCCAACUUCCAUGCUCAUUCAUUCGUGGAAACACGGGACCUAUCGACCGACGAUGGACAGUCUGAAGACAACCAAAGCGAGACAGACAGCGAAUGGAAUUUGUCCCAGUACAGCAUCCCCGACAGCGAGCCUGCUCGCGCCGCUGCCGCAGCACAGAAAGACAGCAACGAAGAUAUGAACCUUGAACAUAUAACCCCCAAGCCAACCACCGCACCGGUCACGUAUGACCACGAGCACAGCUCCAAAGAUGAAUACGAAGAUGAAGACGAAGACAUGGAGGAGGUCAACGACGCAGCCCACGAAACAGCCAGCGUCGAAUUAGGCGACAGCAAUAAUUCCCAAGACCAAGCUGAAGCCAAGGCCUUGGAAGCCCCUCCGAACGCAGCACCCGAAAUUCAAGCCUCUGACGCGGCCUCAAAUGCUGACGCAGACGUCGAAUCUAGCCACGAGUUCCCUCUCGAAAAGCCCUUCAACGAAAAUUGGUUCGACUCUCUGCGCCACAUCCUCCCGGACGAGCCUGUCUGGUCUGAUGACCACAAUACCCCGUUCAAGAAAUGGGCACUCGCGGACCAGAAUGUUUUGGGGGUGCGGAAUCGUCGCGGAGGCGCGAGAGUCGAUACCGAUGAGAAGGGCAUUAUACGGCGGUUUCCGCGCGCAUGA